UCGUCGUAUAACUUCAGUCCCCCGCUCGGCGCAGCGCCUCUCUCUGCCUCCCUUCCUCCUCGCCUCACUUUCUCGUACCUCCGCACCACCGCCGGGAGUUCCGCCUGAACGCUCGCCGAGAGAAGAGCGCCAUGGCCGGCGUGGUGGUUGAAGGGAUGCCGGAGACGGCCGUCGGAGGAGUGAUGCUGAACCGGCGGAGGAGCAAAGCCAGGCGGAGAAAGCGAAAGGAGUUGUUCGGCGUCCAGAUGUGCUUUGUGGGGGCACUGCUGGGGCUCGUCGUGGGGCUCCAGGCUCUGGCACGGAAAGCAGGAUUUGAUGUUUCCAGCUCCAUCGUGGUGGAGGAGGAGGCGAGGUGGGAGAGCCGCCAUCUUCUGCAGGAAGUCUACGAAAACGAGUCCAACCUCUUUUCCGAGCCUGAGUCCAAAAACUGUACCGAACCAGCAAUCCACGAGUUCCCCAGGGAUUAUUUCACCAACCAGGAGCGCGUCGACGGAGCGGUGGGCCUGCACGUCCUGUGUGCGGUAUACAUGUUCUACGCCCUGGCCUUGCUGUGUGACGACUACUUCGUCCCGUCACUGGAGAAGAUCUGCGAGCGUCUCCACCUCAGUGAGGACGUGGCCGGCGCGACCUUCAUGGCAGCAGGGAGUUCGGCUCCUGAACUGUUCACGUCUGUCAUUGGCGUGUUCAUCACCAAAGGCGACGUCGGGGUCGGCACCAUCGUGGGCUCGGCCGUCUUCAACAUCCUCUGCAUCAUCGGAGUGUGUGGGAUGUUCGCCGGACAGGCGGUGCGUCUCUCCUGCUGGCCUCUGCUCAGAGACUCGGUCUACUACACGCUGUCUAUCUCUGCUCUUAUUGUGAUCAUAUAUGAUGAAAAAGUAGUAUGGUGGGAGGCUCUCACAUUGAUCCUGAUGUAUUUCGUCUACAUUUUGAUCAUGAAGUUGAACUCCCACAUCGUCCUCUUCCUGGAGAGGCGGAAGAAGAAGUCGUCGGCUUUGAGGAACGGCGCGGCCAGUAACACGGAGCUGGACGACAGCUGUGACGCCACCGCUGUUCUGCUGAAGAAGACGAACCACCACAGGAAGCCGUCGGUGCUGAUGGUGGACGAGCUGCUGUCGGCGUACCCGCACCAGCUGUCCUUCUCCGAGGCCGGCAUGAGGAUCAUGAUCACCAGCCACUUCUCGCCCCGCACCCGCCUCACCAUGGCCUCACGGAUGCUCAUCACCGAGAGGCAGCGUCUCAUCAACACGCGGACGUUCACCAACGGCGACUCCGAGGUUCCGGUGAAAGGAGGAAGUAGGCGGGGCAUAGAGAACGGGCUGGGCGGGGCUGACAGGGGGGUCAACGGUCGCCAUGACGACCGGGAGGCCGGCAACGAGACGGAGAACGAGGACAACGAGAACAACGAAAACGACGAGGAGGAAGAGGAGGAGGACGGAGAGGGGCCCUUCGUGCCCUUCCAGUGCCCAGCGGGAGCCUGCAACAAGGUGAAGUGGCUGCUGGCCUGGCCUCUGUGCCUCAUGCUGUACUUCACCGUCCCCAACUGCUCCACGCCUCGCUGGGAGAACUGGUUCAUGCUGUCCUUCGUCACCUCCACCAUGUGGAUCGCUGCCUUCUCCUACGUCAUGGUCUGGAUGGUCACUGUGAUCGGCUUCACGCUCGGCAUCCCAGAUGUCAUCAUGGGCAUCACCUUCUUGGCCGCGGGCACCAGCGUCCCCGACUGCAUGGCGAGCCUCAUCGUGGCGCGGCAAGGCAUGGGAGACAUGGCAGUGUCCAACUCCAUAGGCAGCAAUGUGUUUGACAUCUUGGUGGGGCUCGGCCUCCCCUGGGCCCUGAAGACGCUGGCUAUCAAUUAUGGCUCUUCCAUCAAACUAAACAGCAAAGGCCUGAUCUUCUCUGUCGGCCUCCUGCUGGGGUCGGUGUUUCUGACAGUCACGGGGGUUCACCUGAACAAGUGGACGUUGGACAAGCGUCUCGGUGUGAUGUGUCUCCUCCUCUACUCUGUCUUCCUGUGUUUCUCCUGCCUCAUCGAGUACAACAUCUUCACCUUUGUCAACCUGCCAACCUGCCGGGAUGACUGAGACACGCACACAAACACACACAAAGUGUGCACGCAUGUAUACACGCCUUGAAUACACAUGUACAGUGUGCACAUGUGCACACACAUUGACACCAGAAGUAGUAUUUGCAAGGAAUUCUUGGUGUUUGUUUGAAUCCACUUGGGGAACUAGAUGUUUGGGGGCUGGAACUGUCUGAUGGUUAAAGUGUAGUCCUUUAAAUCACAGCGAAAAGCUUCAAAUCACAGGAGGAACAUGUUGUUUUAGUGAACCAAACAGAGUCCGAGCAGGUUAAAACCAAUGCUAAGAAUUAUUUGCAAACUACUGUUUGACACAGAUCUGAUUCACACAGUUCCCCACUUCUUGUCUCGUUGCCCCGAAGGCCAGAAGAGAUCUCCCGUCUAUUCUUCUUCUUGUGGAUAUUUUAAAUUGUUGGAUCGAUGUCCGUCUCUCUGCUCGGUGCAAUAUGGAGCCGCUCUGGUGUGUGCGUGUAUGUUUUCAGGCCUGACCAGAGUGUGUGAUUGAUUUUAGGAGCAGAGAUGGUGACGGCACAUAGGCAUGCUCAGCAUCACCAACAGACUCAUUUACAAGCCCCCACAGAGGACAGGACCCGGGGACAACACAGAAACUGUUUUUUUGUCAACUACUGCUUGCUUCUGACAUGAGGACCUUUAUUUUGAACCCCCCCCCCCCCCCCCCCCUUAUAUAGUAUGACCGUUCUGAAUUAUGUUGUAAUGUUUACUAGCUGCUAACCAGCGGAGAGGAAAGGCUGGUCUUUAGAACCUACUAGUUAAGAGUAAUAAUAAUAAUGACAUAAGCAAUGAUCUUUAGUGCUGGCUUGAUGAUCGUGUGUGUACACAGGUGGGAAGACGCACAGGUGAGCGUCACGGUGCAGAUACUGGAGACUCGGAGUGUACUUACUGUUCACAGAAAGCUAGGGCCAUGAAUUGAACCCUUCAGACAAAGAACAAGCCGUUUUGCAGAUGAGCACUUUUUCUUUUUCCAACGCUGUUAUCUUAGGCCUGGUUAUUUUCUUAUGAUGUAAUUUGUUAAUCAAUGAGCGUCGACGGUGGAAGUUUCCAAGCAGUCUCGCACAGGUACACCUCUUCAUCUGAAGUGUUCAAUUUUUCUGGGUCAUGUUACAAGUUCAGGAAAAAAAACCCAGGCCACCAACCCCCCACCCCCCACCCCCACCCACUCCCACUCAGAUACAGGGCAUUACACACACAUUUUUCUAAAUAGUAUCACAGCUGUAGCUACUAUGUUUUGUAUUGAAAAAUAAUUAGCUUUAUGGAGUUUUUUUUUUUUUUUUUUUUUUUUGGUUUCCUUCUGUAAAUAGUAUGCCUCUGUAAAUACAUCCACAUACCCUAUUUAUUAUUUAUUCACAUACGCACAUUCGUCUUCUGGAGGUCAUAAACAAGCUGGAACAGACUGGGCAGGUUUACUUACACACCCAGGGUGCAUUGUGGUACCAACGUUUAAGCUGCGGCGUUUUGUUGAACUGCGCCCGGGUGAGAAACAUAUUUUUAGAUGAUAAUUUCCCACUUCUGUUUAAAAACAAAAAAAAAAAAAAAAGGAAAAAAAAGCACAGUUUCCGAAGUUACUUCUCUUGUUGAUUUUAUUAAUGACUUGCUUUAGAUGCAUAGCUUCUGAAAUACACGUGGAUACAAGUUAUGUUAAAUAUAUCACUAAAAUUGCACUGAGGAGCUUAAAGUGGCUCCACAAGGAGAGAGGGGGUAACUGUUCCUCCCUCCGUCUGAGUCCUCAAAAUGCAUGCUGAUUAUAAGGGUAAUGUCCUUGUAAAAUGAAGCAGGUUUGUAGGGAAACAUAAUGUCAAAAUCAACUGUUCCAAGGAGCAGAUGAUCGAUGUUUUUUGGAUCAUUGUGGACGCUGUGUUGGGGAAACGGAGAUCGCGUGUUCUCUGCUGCCACCUAGAGGCUGCUGUAAAGACCAACGCAAAAUACUGGACUGCUGCUUUUUGUCUCUUUUGCCAAGACACAAACCAAAAUCAGCACAAAACUACGACGGCAUUAUUUGAAACAACGGAUGGACAAGGUGUCCCCUCUUCGGUGGACGGACUUCCUGCUUCAUUCCUCAGUGGUCUCAGAGCAGAGGGGACUUGCUAGUCUGCGGUUCGAGCACUCCAGCUGGUGUUGUUAAUAUCGUAAAAGUAGUUUAAGAUGCAAAUAUAAAGCAUCAGGACUUUUCUCCCAGCCCCAAUAUUUUAAGGUUGGGAUUUCAACAUUAUUUUUAUCCAGAUGUUAUUUGUAUUUUGUAAUGCAUAAUGUUUAGAUUUGUCCAAAUAUGGUAGUUUUGUGGUACAUAAAUGUUCCUACUAGUUUUUAGAGUGUAUACAAUGUCGUUUGUGAACCCUUAGGGGGAUUUUAUUCCACGUUGGAGUCGAGGCAUGCCAGCCAGCGAAGCACCUUGCAUCUCUGUCACGCUCUUUUUCAGUGCUCGAUGCUGAAUAACCACACCGAGAAAAACACAAACAUUUAUCUGUCAAAAACCUGUUGAUUUUCAGACAGUAUCCAUCAAAAUGUCAGUUUUUCCUCUAGAAAGGUUCCUUAUGAAUCAAAGUGCCCUACCCAUUUUUCUCACUGAGAAAAACCAAAUGUUCAAACAGGCUAAAUCUGAUUUGUUUCUUGUACAUUGUUAAUUUAUUGACCAGUGGUACACAAUGUCAAAGACAGAAGUUGCUCUGAUAAGAAAUAUUUGUCUUUAGAAUGUAAAAAGUAUUAUUGUUGCUCUUGUUUAUACUAUAUCCUAUAUAUUUAUUUAUUUCAGAGACACAGGCCGAGUACAACUCUGUGCUAUCACCGGAAAACAGGGUUUCAAUGUGUUUUAAUCAUAUGUAAUGCAAUAAUUAUGAGCUUACAAAUGUAAAUACGCCGCUUUAAUGAACAAAGACAAAUUUAUAAUAGCAGAGUUUAAAAAAAAAAAAAAAAAGUAUUGAACUUGUACAUUAUGUCUGUCGUUCUGUGGCACUGUAACGGCUUGUCAUCCAUUUUGAAAUUAUUUAUAACGGUACUAUAUAAACACAACCAAAACAGGACUGUUACCUAACUUAUGCCAAGCCCUUCGUCUCUGAGCAUCGUUUGUUCAGCUUGUUUGGCCAGUUUUACAUCACCACCACUUCUUCUGUACAGCAACAACAGGAAGACCAUUAUCGAAUUCUUAGUAACUGAAACUUUCAAAUAAUUAUCACGUCAUCAAUAAUCUCUUAUCCUGUAGAUAAUCUUUUAAUCAUAUAGAUUCUGAUCAUUCUGUUUGCCUAAAAGGGUACCUUGACAUCUUUAAUUUUAUCAUAUUUGAGUAAAAAUGUUACUGCAUUGCAUACUGCACUUCUGUUAACCGACACACUUGUAAGGAUACUUAGUACUCCUGAUUUAACCAAGCUAACUCAACUGCGUUAUCAUUUACAGGGUGGCUAAACUUUUUGUCAACAAUGUGAGAAACUGCCUACUGAAGAAAAAAAAAAAA